AUGGCGAUGGAGGUGUUCCAAACGGAAACGCACUACAUUUUCCUGCGAAAGGAGCGCAGCCUCUGGUGGAAUCGGUACACGUCGGAGUUUCAGGUGAAAUGUGGGUGGGAUUUGUCCUCCGUGGAUGAUAUCGAGUGCAUUGGCGUGACGCACGGCAUCGUGGGCACAAUCGCCCUUCAGGGCGUGCUGGAACCGCACCUGAUCGUAAUUAAAGACGUCGCACCGGUCGGUGUCCUGUACGCGCCCCAUCUCGUGUACAAAAUCAAAAGCAUCGCGGUGCUGGGCCCGGAUGGUGCCGACAGCCCACUGCUCGGUUGCAGCAAGCACAACACCCACCAAGCGGUGAAGAUGGCCCCAGGUCCGGAAGGACACGCCUCACCAAAAAGCCGCCUGUUCGAGAGUUCCGCGCUCGUCAACAAAACGUGGGGUGCGGUUAAGAGCGCCGGCAGCACGAUCCGGAACACGACGGAAAAGGCGGCCGCCAUCGCGACGAACCAGGUGAAGUCCACCGUCAGCAUGGUGGUGAAGGAUCCGGUUCGCAUCGAGAAGCGCGUCAUCGACGAGCUGCAUAAGAUCUUCGACGACACCGAUAGCUUCUACUACAGCCCCAACUGUGAUAUAACGAACAAUUUGCAGCGGCGUGGCGCACCGCCGGAUGAUCGGUUCUACUGGAACAAAACCAUGCUGACGGAGUUGCUGCGGGUGAACGAAUCGGGCGCGGCCACCGACUGGGUGUUGCCCAUCAUACAGGGUUUCGUGCAGGUCGAGCAGUGCGUGAUCGGAAAUGAAUGUUUCACGCUCGCGCUGGUGUCCCGUCGGUCACGGAAUCGGGCCGGCACACGCUACAAACGUCGGGGCGUUGAUGAGCACGGUAACUGCGCGAAUUACGUCGAAACCGAGCAGGUCCUGUCGCUGCGCCAGCAUCAGAUCUCGUUUACGCAGGUACGCGGUUCCGUGCCGGUGUACUGGAGCCAGCCGGGUUACAAGUACCGGCCACCACCACGGCUUGACCGUGAUGAGGCUGAGACGCAGCUUGCGUUCGAGCGGCACUUCGAUGGUGAGCUGGCCAUCUACCAGUCGAUUUGUAUCAUCAACCUCGUGGAGCAGAGUGGCAAGGAGAAGAUCAUUGGUGACGCGUACGCGAACCACGUGCUGAAGUACAACUCGAAUCGGCUCAUUUACGUAACGUUCGAUUUCCACGAGUACUGCCGCGGGAUGCGCUUCGAAAACGUGUCCUCCCUGAUCGAAUCACUGGCCCCGGAAGCGGGCGCAAUGGGUUUCCACUGGCGGGAUAAUAACGGCCCGAUCUGCAACCAGAAGGCGGUCUUUCGCGUCAACUGCAUGGAUUGCCUCGAUCGGACCAACGUGGUGCAGACGGCCAUCGGUAAAGCGGUGCUCGAAUCGCAGUUGGUCAAGCUCGGACUCGCCAUGCCCUACUCGCAGCUACCGGAUCAGCUGAAGGCUCCCUUUAUGGUGCUGUGGGCCAACAACGGGGACGUCAUUAGCCGGCAGUACGCGGGCACGAAUGCGCUUAAGGGUGAUUACACGCGCACGGGCGAGCGGAAAAUCUCCGGCAUUAUGAAGGAUGGCAUGAAUUCGGCCAACCGCUACUACGUGCAGCACUUUACCGACACGUUUCGGCAGAGCUGUCUCGAUCUGCUGCACAGAAAGAUACCCGACUUCGAGGCCAUCCCGGUGGACGACGCCUUCGAGGCGACGAUUGGCAUUGCGCGUACGAUGCUCGAGGCGUCGGGUCCGGUUUCGCUGGCGUACUACAACUACGGUCAGCUCGCCACCGAACACCUGCUGCUCGAGCAACUCUUCGACAGUGCCAGCUAUUACUUGGCGCGAUUUAAGGACACGUACCGCCAGGCAACGAUCGAUAUGAUGCUUGGGAAUAAUGUGUCCCCGGAGUCGGUGUCGGCUCUCGGUGGCAGCCAGUCUGCCGCCACGGAUGAAACGGACGCCCUGGAGGGUGCCGAACAUGCGCGCCUGCUGGUUGAGGAUUGCCGCCGGUUGUUGCUCGGUACAGCUCAACUUCCGGUUGGUGCGUGGGGUUUGAUUGAUGCCGAUCCAAGCACCGGCGAUCCGAGCGAAACCGAAGUCGACAGCAUCCUGAUCCUGACCGACGAUUGCUACAUUGUGGCCGAAUACGACUCGCACCUGGACAAAAUUGUCCGCUUCGAGAACGUCCCGCUGGAGAGCAUAACGUUGAUCGAGUUGGGCCUGUUUCAGCACAACAAGAUGUUCCAAGGUCCGGCACCGGCACACCUGUGCUUCCGCCUGAACUACGCCGUCGGAGGCGUCGAUGGUUACUUCCACAUGUUUCGUUCACCCAACAUUCGCUUCUUCAACAACGUCGCCGUGGUAAUACGCAAGACAGAAGAGAUAACCGAAUCGCUCACCGCCAUCGUGGACCUGUUCCGGAUUGCGCUGCAAAACUGCGGCCGCACGGAUGUGGCGUUCCAGUGUGGGGGAAGUCUGCAGCGCCGAAAGAGCCGCACGUUGCUUCUCGUACCGGCAGGCAUCCCACGCAACCUGUCCGAGUCGCAGCUGGUGCAGAUGGGCUCGAAAGCGUUUAGCAACAUGGCGGGUCAGUUCUCGAAAAUCGGCCAAUCGUUGAAUGCGUCUAAAAUUGGCCGCGGUUCGUCGGCUGGUGGUCGACCGAAGGAUCGCAAGGAGGACCAAGCGAUGGAGGCCGGAGCUAGGGGUCUCCGUGGGGAAGGAUUUUCUGGCCCCGGUUUGGGACCAUCCGGGGCCGGUUCCGUGCCGGCACUCCGUACGGUGGGUUCGGUGUACGGUGACCAAAAGCUCGAACGCUCCAGCUCGGAAUCGGAGGAGGCAGAAAUCAUCAGCAUCUACGAACCGGAGGAUCUGGUCGAGCAGAACCCACUGUACAACGAGAACGUAUUCCUGCCCUCGGUGGGCAUCGUAAUGGGUGGAUCGAGCAACGAACCGGAAGAUGUCGAUUCCGCUAGCAACGUGCUAGAGGAAAAGGACAGCAUCGCGAAGAUGUCCUCGGACGUCUCCACGAUGUCGAUUUCGUCCGUUACGGAUCACAUUAACAUGCCGGUUGGAAUGCUGGAGUGUGCGUCUCCCAUUCGCGUCAGCAGCCCUGCGCCGGAGAUUUUCGUAGAUGGCGCGGGCGGAAGCACCAGUAGCGGAGAGUUCGAUGGGACAGGAAGCCGGCAGAUGCGCAACAUGAGCUUGAACCUGCAGGCUCCGAGUGCUGGUUCCGGACAGGGUGGUGGUGACAAUGCGUUACGUCAGCUGAAGAAGCUCACCAGCCCGUUGUCUAACAUCGGGAAGGGUUUGCAAACUUUGGGCGCUAAUUUGGACCCGCGGAAAAUCACCGCAAAGAGCCCGGUCGUACCCGUUCGUAGCACCAGCGCUGCUUUGGCCGAAAUUAAGCAGUUGGAGGAUAAGUGGGAGAAAGCCAGCUGCCGCACUAAGUUGAUUGCGCUGUGAAACCGUGAGGACGACGCCAUCGCACGCCACCAACGUGUCCGCAUCUCUAUUACAAUGUUCGUUUCGGUUAAGAUGGGCAUAGCCAUCGGGUCUGGGUACGCCUGAGACGUAUGAAUUAUUUUGUUUGUGUAUAACUAAAACUGAUCUCCCAAGUGAAAUGUCUACACGACGGUUGAACCGAGCAGACAAGAAGAUUUUUCGCUCUUUUUUACUGUAAUUUAGACGCGUACGGCUCGUGGAUUGUAGAACAUCACACCAAAAACAAAAAAAAAUCGCACAUUCGC